CCGUAGUCCGCUAUCGUCGUCCUUCCUGUUUGUAGUACUUGUGUGUCGUCACGUCGAGCGCGGGAGUUUUAGACUCGUUCAAAGGCUGGGCGUUUGCGGCUGUUUAUCUUUUCUAGCUAAGUGUGUACAGCAGCAAAAUCAUGGCUAUGCAGAUGCUGAGCAAAGACAACACAGAAGUGGAAGAAGAGAAUUUUGGGCCUCAGCCUCUGAGCAGACUUGAGCAAUGUGGCAUCAGUGCAAACGAUGUGAAAAAGUUAGAGGAUGCUGGUUUCCAUACUGUGGAGGCUGUUGCCUAUGCACCAAAAAAAGAGCUUCUUAAUAUUAAAGGGAUCAGUGAAGCAAAGGCUGAAAAAAUUCUGGCAGAGGCUGCAAAACUUGUACCAAUGGGCUUUACAACAGCUACGGAAUUUCAUCAAAGGAGAUCUGAAAUCAUACAGAUCUCAACGGGGUCAAAAGAACUGGACAAGCUUCUCCAGGGAGGAAUUGAAACUGGUUCAAUCACAGAAAUGUUUGGUGAGUUUCGCACUGGGAAAACACAACUGUGUCAUACACUAGCAGUCACCUGCCAGUUGCCAAUUGACCAAGGUGGUGGUGAAGGCAAAGCGAUGUACAUCGACACAGAAGGUACUUUUCGUCCGGAGAGAUUGCUUGCAGUUGCUGAGAGGUAUGGCCUGUCGGGAAGUGAUGUUCUAGAUAAUGUAGCGUAUGCCAGGGCAUUUAACACAGACCACCAAACUCAGCUACUCUAUCAGGCAUCUGCAAUGAUGGCUGAAUCCAGGUAUGCAUUGCUCAUAGUGGACAGUGCAACAGCCCUAUACAGGACUGAUUAUUCUGGACGAGGGGAGCUUUCUGCUAGGCAGAUGCAUUUGGCCAGGUUUCUGCGUAUGCUGCUACGACUGGCUGAUGAGUUUGGUGUUGCAGUUGUAAUAACAAACCAGGUUGUGGCACAGGUAGACGGUGCUGCUAUGUUUUCUGCUGAUCCCAAAAAACCAAUUGGAGGAAACAUUAUUGCACAUGCUUCAACUACAAGAUUGUAUUUGAGGAAAGGACGUGGAGAAACAAGAAUAUGCAAGAUUUAUGACUCUCCUUGUCUACCAGAAGCAGAAGCCAUGUUUGCCAUUAAUGCAGAUGGAGUAGGUGAUGCAAAAGACUGAUAUACAUGAUGUGAAUGAGGUAACGCUGACCGGCCAGUGAAUAUCUGACUAGUCUGUUGGGCUGCCUUUCUGUCAAAGCCACAUUGGCUGGUGGUCGUCUUCUGUUAGAUAUUUGCACAUAAAGACGUACAAUGGACUGUUUUAUAAUACCACAGCAGUUCACUAUUGAAGAUCUUAACAUGGUGAAGUGGCACGUUUGUCAGUUUAUGGUUUUUGAUGUAUAUAAUUUUCUGUUUUUUUUCUUGUACAUUGUUUUCUGUAUAUAACUUUGAAUAUAUAUAUCAAUUAAAGAUUUCAAAAUGGUA